AUGGCUGAAGCAGCCGCCGAAGGUAUACUGACAACGGUUGUGUUAGUAGCUGCCAACGAGAUCGCCCUUGCUUUCGGUUGCAAACAGAAGCUGGACACUCCUCAUCAAACCGUAGACCUAAAUUGUUCCAAGUUGCGCGAUGCUGAGAGACAAAAAGGAACAGAGGCUGUGAUUCUAUGGCUGAAACACCCAAAACAAGUAGUUGGUGAAGCUGAUGAUGUGUUGGAUAAGGUUCAUUACGAAAUGUUGAGAAGUGAGGUAAAGAAACCAGAUCGGAUCGCAAGAAAGGUACCUUCUCUUCCGAGUUUGAAAAAGUUUUCAUUUCGUAGAGAAAUUGGGCAUAAAGUUGAAAACAUCAGCAAGAAGUUGUUACAGUUCAACAAGCAAGCAAACCUUUUAGGGCUACAAAACGAACAGUUUGCUCGUGUUCCAGAUUGUCUCUAUCGGGAAACUAAUCCAUAUUUAGACGAAUUCGAAGUUGUUCGGAGGGAAGAUGAUGAAAAACUCACGAUUGUUCUUAUUGUUGGCAUGGGUGGAAUUGGAAAAAUAAGUUUGGUUAAGUCAAUCUACAAUAAUUAA